AUGAAAAACUAGAAUUAUGAAAGCUUAUCUUUUAAUAUAUUAAACUGUCCCUCUUUUAAGUAACAAUAAACAAUUAAAGUGAUUUCGAAUAGUCUUGUCAAUUAAAGACUUAAUAUACCAUUACUAUAAUUAAAUUCAUAGUUGGAAAAAAGUUCAAUCCGUCCUAAAUUGUUUAAGAAUAUAUUUGAAUAGACAAAUUUAAAAGAGGGAUCUUAAAAUACAUAUACAUAUAAAAAUAAAACUUAGAUUGAAACUUAUCAAAAUAUGGAAAAUAAUAGAAAAUAGUAGAGUAUAAUUAAAAAUGAUUUUUAAAGAGAAAGGGUUCUUACAAAUUAAUAUAUACAUGAAUAAAAAGCAUAAGAUAUCUACAAAUUAAAGUCCGAAACAAAUAGAGAUAAAAAAAUCAAUAGACCUAUUGUGUAACUUGAAUAAGACUUCCAAAUCAUCUAAAGUUUAGAAUUUAAUCCAUAAAGAGAAACAAUUAUAUAAUCUUAAUUAUAUAAUAAUAAAAACAGAAUAAAGAUUUCAAUUAAUAAUAAUAAACAUAGAAGUUAUACUAUCGAUGGAAUUCAUAAUAAAGACAAUUAUUAAUUAGGAACCAUAGAUAACUCAAAAGUUAAAAAGAAACUUGUUGUUAAAAAGCUUAAACUUAAGAUUAUCGCUAUAUUAGUUCGAGCUGUUCUCAAAUUAAGCAAAAAAUAUAAGUAAUCUUAAGUUAUUAUUUAGACUCAUAUUUUUUAAUAGAAAUAAAGCACUGGAACAUUUUAGUAGAUUAAAGAAACCUCAUUUAAGUCACUUUAAUAAAAUGGCUUAUAGGCAAAUUUAAUAACAAUAUCGAAAUUUUGUUGAAUAGAUUUUCUCGAAAAUUAUUAAAUUAUUAAAUAGUUCAAACUAUAUUAAAGAUUAUACUGAUAUCUUAAAAUAACAAUAAGAAUUGAUAUUAGAUUUUUAGAAAUAGAGAUUAUGCUUUUUUAUAAAAUUAAUAUUAUAAGAUUUAGAAUUAAUAACAAGAAAAAAUAUAAUACCAGGAUUUAUAUUACAUAGUUUAAAUUUAUGCCUUUUUUCUGGAAAAAAUACUUAAACAAGUUAAUUUGUAGUCAAUAGAACUAAAUUUUAUUCAAAAACUGUACAUUCUCUUACAUAAGAACAAAAAGUAUUAAUUGCUAUUGAAUUUCUUUUCUUUACUAUUAUUAUACCUAAUAUGUUAGAUAUUGUUAAUUAAUAAGUUUUUACUAAUUAAGACCAUUAAGCAAUUACUUAAAUUUACUUUAUAUCUAUUGCUAUUUUAAUCACUAUAUUUUUCACAAAUCAUUUUAAAAACUUACCAAAUAUAGAAUCUUCUAAUGUUAAACCUGUUUAAUUAAUACUAAAAAUAUGUGAAGAAUAAGAAGAAAAACCUGUAUAAACAAAAUUAAUAUUAUCCCCAAAUAUAGAAAAAAAUGAAGAGAUGCUUAUAUCAGGAGAUUUGAAGUUGAAUUUCAUUAAUAAAAUAUUUAUUGAAAAACCUGCUUUUCAAAAAGAAAUGGCUUAAGUCUUUUCAAAAAUUGUGAGUAAUAUUGAAGCAUUAAUAGACAUAUCAAAUGCAGAAUGA